GGGGGCUGGUCCACAGCUGUUGUAGUAGGCAGGGUCUAUCGGGGUAGGAAGCCUGCCUCACUCGCCCUGGAACAAUGGGAGACAUGGCAGCCUCUGCAGACAGCACAGACACACACACACAAUGCACAUGCCCAAGGACGGGCCUGCUCUUCUAGCCGUGUAGCGUGGAGGAAACCGGCUUCCUCGGCACACUCUCAUGGUGUCGGCUCUUUGAACGGGGAGGGAAUAAUCUCCUCUGCGGCCGGGAAACAGAGAUGUAAGGUUGUGGCCUUUCUGUCGCUCUGUCUCUCCUUUUUCUGCUCUUCCCUUUUGGUGCCUUUACGUUUCACUCUGCUGGGAGGAGAUAUCUCAGAUGUGCUGGCUGGAGGAUCAAGCUCCCUGGUGUUGUUGUUGGGAGACAGAGGUGCCUGACAGGAGACAGACUCCUCUUCAAGGAUCAUAAGAGAGCUGAAAUCACAGAUGAGAACAAUGUCUGAUGAGACAGAACAGAGAAUGUGUGAGGAGGACUUCGGCACGGACGAGGAGGGCGAGGAAGCCGACGUGGAGUCGUACCUGGAGGACAACAGCAGCGAGCUCAUGGACCGACUGAAAGAGCUGGAGGCUGAAAACUCCGCUCUGCUGUUGGCGAACGAGAGUCAGAGAGAAGCUUACGAGCGAUGCUUGGACGAGGUGGCCAACCACGUGGUCCAGGCUCUGCUGAACCAGAAGGAUCUGAGAGAGGAGUGCAUCAAGCUGAAGAUGUUGGUGUUUGACCUGGAGAGACAGAACCGAGCGCUCUGUGAGCUCUUUCAGCAGAAACUGCCCAACCAUCCCACAGCUCACUACCAGGUCCAGGCGGGACCCCUCCCAGACUACAAUGCACAGCUGCACAAUGACUCUGCCAAACAGGUGGAGUCUGCACAGACUGAAGCACAAGCCAAGGGAAAUGGCUACCGCACACAGCAUGCCUCCCCGGGCCCACGUGGCCCUGCCGCCUCCAUGGAGGCCCUGUCCCCCUUCUUCAAGAAGAAAGCACACAUCCUGGAGGUCCUACGCAAGAUGGAGGAGACGGACCCUCUCAAGUUCCACCCGUCCACCACGAGCCUGUCUUUCUGCGACUACAGCCAGGUGCUCAUGUCCACAGAGGCUGUUCUGGCUGCUGCUGAGCCCCUCCCUCUCCAGCCCCUCCACACACACUGCCACUGCUCGCGCCCUGACGCUGACACACACCAGCAUGUCAACGGUGACGGGGCGGUGAAGUGUGAGGCGGGGAACACCUGCUGUUUACACUGCAAGAGGAGCCCAGAGGGUCCUCCAAAGCCAUGCAACCAUGUCUGUAGUACUUCUAAAGCAAACUCAGCCUCCCAGAGCCACGUCGUCCCCGCAGCUGCUACGAGCGAAUGUCACAGUAAGAGCAGGACAGCAGAGGCUGCUCCCGUCUCCAAACAAUGCACCAAGAAUGAAGUCCACCAGCAACCAGCAGGCGCCGCACACCCCUCCGUCUCAGCUGAUCCGAGCCUGCAGGGGCUGGAGGAGCCGGAGAGCUCUGAGAGCUUUCUAAACGACAGUGCCUCUGAAGAGAUCACUGGGUUCAGCUCUGUGAAGGACAGCAAACAGAUCGCCCACUGUGACACGGAGGACAGUGAAGGAAUUCAGAACGGUGUCGCCCUCAUGAGCGACCCCUCAGCCAUCCCCGAGAAGGACAUCCCUGAUCAGGAGGCUUCGUCUGUGAGAGCUGGAGCCUCCGUCAGUCCGAGCCCGUCCUGCCUCAGCGACGUCAAAGCCGCCGCCAUCAACUCUCCGUCCAAGCUGCUCAAGUUCCUAAAGAUCCCGUCCAUCGGAGAGAAGGCUCAGGCUUCAACCUCCGCCGUCCGCCUGAGCCCACAGCUCACCCGCAGCUCCAGGAUCCCCUGUCGCACAAACAACUACGAGGUCUACCACUCCCCUGUUCCCACACGCAGAGCCACCACCACAGAGCGAUGCAGGCAGCCCCCUCCGCCCCCCUCCAGGUCUGAGUCCUACCCCGCCACACACUCAGCCCCGACGUCCCCCCCACAGCCUGAAGAAGAAGUCUGCCCUGCGCCCGUCAAAGACAUAAGCUACAGCAGCCUCUCUGCACCCAAAGCUGCCUCAAAAAUGGUCCCCCCCUCUUCUUCCUCCACCUCCUCCUCCUCCCCCAAAGUCUCUCAGAGGAUUCCUCAUUAUGAAAACGUCUGUAACAUGUCCAGAGAGGAGGAGCCGGCUCAGAGCCUUGAGAAGAGAACCAUGCUCCCCUCCCAAAUGAAAGCUAACGGCGGUGAGAGGAAGCUCGUUAAAUCACUGCCUGAAAGCGUCCUAAACCCCCAUCCCCAGAGAAAGCAGUCCUCCUCGUCCACAUCGGAGUCCACAUCAGACGAUGAGGAGGACUCAGACAGCCCGGUGUGGGUCAACCACCACAGCCUGCCCAGCUCAUCAGCCCUCGGCAAAGCUCAGGGCCGAGCCAUCUACGCACAACCCAGAGAGAAACCAGAGGCCGACGUCACUGUGCAGAGCUCAGAGGCCCCCCAGCCGCCUCCACCUCCAGUCCGGAGGGGCGACUCCUCUAUCCCCAAGAGGCCUGCAUCCGGAGCAGGGAGACUGUCGCAGGCUGACUCCAGUCACCACGCUUUUAAAGACAGACUGGCUGCGCUCAGCAAGCUGAGGAGCUCUGAGGAUUUACAAGUGGGCCUGAGGCCGGUGGAACACGUGAACGAGGGCACCUACGUGGAGGAGAGGACUAAGACAGCAGAGCGGCCGAUGGAGCUCCACAAAGAGGAGCAGAGACAUUCAAAGUACACAGACUCUCUGGACAGUAAACCUAAAGGGGUCGGUUUGAAGUACCCGGGCUCGUCUCAGAUGUAUGAGCAGGCCGUGAAGUCUCAGCCCAAACAGGAGCUGCUUGUAACGAAGCCCGAAGGACCCAAGAGUAAGAUCGGUCUGCCGUCACCCAAUGCAGACGCUCCGCAGGUUCUACGCAACAACAUCAAGUGUCCUGGCUCUCUCAAUCUGGCCUACAACCUCAAACAAACUCCUCAUAGUAGCAGCAGCCCCAACAAAAUCCCCCCAAAGUCUCCGUCCAAACCCUGCCAGCCUCCGUCAGUCCACAGAGCGAGCAAGCCCACAGAGACCCCGCGCUACUCGUCCAAAUCAGAGGAGAGGACGAAGAUCAGCGGGAAGGGAAAGAAGAACCCGAUGUACGGAGACAGCCUGCCGCCUCCUCCUCCCAGACCUCCAGCAUCUGACGCAGAGAAGCAACCGAUACCGCCGGCUCCCAGCCCGCAGUCCGCCAUCGAGCAGAAGGUCAUGAAGGGCAUCGAGGAGAACCUGCUGAAGCUGCAGGAGCAGGACCGAGGACUGCAGGGCGGGGAGGUGAAGCAGAAAGCCUCCAACGGCAUCGCCAGCUGGUUCGGACUGAAGAAGAGCAAGCUGCCCGCGCUCAGCCGCAAGACCGACGGCACCAAAGCGAAGGACGAGAAGAAGGAGUGGAAGAUCAACAUCCCGUCCGUGGGCAGGGACUCUGUGAAGAUGGCCACCAGGUGUAAAGAAGGAGUGGAGGGUCUGAACAUCUCCACCCUGAUGGAGAAGGCGGAGGGGCUGAGGAGGGCUCUGGAGGAGGAGAGGGCGUACGUGGAGAGGUCGGGCAGAGGUCACUCCUGUGAGGUGGUGAUGGACCAGGCUCAGGGACAGCUGGCCGUCAUGUACCGAGGAGCGCGCUCGGAUAACUUCAUGCAGCAGCUGCUCAACAGAGUGGACGGGAAGGAGGUGAUCAGCGUGCCGCAGCGUCGACUCUCGUUCGACUGCAAGACCUCCAAACCGAUGUUCGGUCAGCAGAGCGACGUCAUCAGUCACACCAGCAGCCGGGACGACAUGGAGAAGGGAUCAGACAGAAUCGGCAAGAUCACGUCAGACGAGAACCUCGCUGAUUCAGUUCACCUCCAACAGCACUUCGCAGGUUCCGGUGCUUCCACGUACACCCUGGACAGCGGGAUCGGUACCUUUCCCCUUCCUGACUGCAGCAGCGGAGCAGCGGGGCGUGGCCUGUCCAAGACGAGGGUCGGGGCGGACCACCAUUCCUCGGGGUCCCCCGGGAGGGCCGGGAGACGGGCUCGCACUCUGGAGCGAGACCUGACGUCACAGGAGGAGUGCUACACGCCGCACAAACAGCUGAUUCCCACCAUUCAGUACGGCUCCGUGAUGGAAGGGAGGGGCUCUGCGGGCGUCAUCCGAGAAGACAAAGAGGCUCAUGGAGCAAACAUGUUCUCCCCCCGCUCAAAGACCUGGACCUUCCCCAACCUGAAGACCCCGGCAGGCCCUGCGGAGGUUUACCUGGCAGUGGAGGAGGAAGAGGAGGAGCCUGUGUCGUUUGGAUCGCCGUUCAGAGGGGGCAUGAAGGCGGGCGGCCCCUCCUCCAGCCGGGUGGUGGACCCCGGCAGCCUGCCGGUCCCCGCGCAGACCGGGAUGAGCCGCAGGGGGAAGACUCGCACUCCCAGCGUCCCCGAGAUGAGCCGGGAGGCCGGGCUGGAGCUGCUCAGGGAGCGUCCGGAAGAAGCCAUCUCCCCGAGUCGCCCUCAAGUCCUGGAGACCCCAGAGUCCCUCAGCGACUCUCUGUACGACAGUCUGUCGUCCUGCGGCAGCCAAGGAUGAGCCGGCCAAGGAGAGAGGAUGGAGGGAGGACAGAGAGGAUAAGAGCCAGCUCUGAGCACGCCUCCUGGUUGGUUGUACUGUGAUGCUGCUGACUGACUGACCGCCAUCUUUUAAAGAAAACUGUGCCCUCUUUGAUGUCCGCAGGAAUAAUGUGGCGUGAAGCCGUUUCUCUGUUGCAACUGGAAGGAUGGAUGGAUAAGACUUCUCCUCAGGAUCAAUAAACAUGAAGCCAAAAGCCACCAAAACAAAAUAGGUUGUUCACUUUUUCACAAUCAGACCGACUGUGGACUCGCUCUCUUCGAUUCAUGUGUACAGGACUCCAAAAACGCAUGGCUAAGCUAAAGAUUAGCACAAAAAAAGUCACUCCUGGUAGUCGUCUUCGGUUCCUCUGACGGAGGUUUUCGUUCUGAUCAGUUGGACAGCUGAUGUUCUGUACUGUAUCAAUACAUUCAUCAUCAUUUCACCACAUAAUGUAUUUAAAAAAAACAUGAAGCUCCUUAAAAAAAUGAAUGUUCAUGUCUGUGAUUCUUGGUUGCUGAACUCAUCACGAUUUUAAAUGUACAAACGAUUUUAUUGAUCAUGUUGAUAUGAUUUAACGACCGAUGAAGGUUGUCAGAAAAUGUCUGUUUUUAAAUCAUAAUACAUUUAAAGGUAAUAUAUACCAGCAAUAAUAACAUAGAUAAGAGAAAUGGCUACAUUAUUCAAUGAAUAUGUAUUUCUAUUAUUUAUUUAUUUUGAUGUUCAUCAUCUGCAGUCAUCUUUUAUUUUUUAAUCUUUCUGUGAAACUUGCCGUGUCCUCGCUUCGUAGAUUUUGUUCAUAUCUUGUACUUCGUUCCCUAGCCGAUAGAGGUCCUAUGUACCUACUGCCGUUUUUUCAACUUUCUAAUUAAAAUGUUUUCAUUUAGCUCUGAGGAGUGAGGAAGCGUUCUUUGCAGUGGUGGCAUCAGGAGGGGACGUUUUGUGCUGAAAUACAUGCUUCUUCAGAGUCA